AUGGGCCAUCCUGGACCCUGUGCAAAGAGCUCUGUACAGGGAGGUGAUUCUGGAGAAUUAUGCAAACGUGGCUUCCCUGGCAGCAUUUCUAUCCACCAAACCAGAUCUGAUAUUCCAGCUGGAGCAACAAGAAGCACCAUGGGGCCCAGAUCCCUGGAAACUGGUUGGGAUAGAGUCCCUGAGAGGUGUGGUAAGAGCAAGCCUGACAUUGAGGACCCACCUCCAAAGUUGAACAUUUCAGAAGACUCAGUAUCCCCUCGACUGAUAUUACAGAGGCUGCUGAUGGAUGCUCCCCAGCAUCCUCACUUCAAGGACAGGGUAGAGAACUUGCACCUCUAUGACACAGGGAAGAAAACAAGGUCAAAAAAAGGAGAAGUGAAAGCUUAGGAUCAUAAAUCUUCUAUUUUUUACAGAGAAGAGAUAGCCAGGCAAUUGGAACGAAGCAGGAGUGCCAGCCCCAAUCUCAUUAAAAAGCAGAGCCUUCCUGGAGAACAGGUGUUUUAUAAAGGUAUUGAGUGUGGUAGACAUUUCAACCAAUAUUCAGACCUUCACCAGCACCAAAGAAUUCACACUGAUAAGAAGCUCUAGCAAUGCAAAGAAUGCAGGAAAACCUUUAGAUAUAACUCAAAGUCGUCACGGCAUCAGAAAAUCCACUCAUCCGACAUGAGUAAGAUCAGAAAAUCUUACUCAUGUCAGGAAUGUAGACAAGCCUUCAGUCAAAAUUCCCACCUUCUUCAGCAUCAGAAACUUCAUGGUGGUGAGAAGCCCUACAAAUGUAAGGACUGCGGGAAAACCUUCAGCUAUGACUCAAAACUGAUUCAGCAUCAGAGGAUCAACACUGAAGAGAAACCCUUUAAAUGUAAGGAGUGUGGGAAGGCGUUCAGGUAUAGCUAUGAUUGCAUUCUUCAUGAAUGAAUUCACACUGGGGAGAAGCCCUAUGAAUGUCAGGAAUGUGGGAAAAAGUUCAGUCCUGAUUCAGUCCUGAUUGAGCACCCCAGGAUCCACAUUGGGGAGACACCUUGUGAAUGUAAAGAGUGCAGAAAGGCCUUCCACCAGAGUUGGGUAUUUCCUCAGCACCAGAGGGUCCACACUGGGGAAAAACUCUAAUGUAAUGAAUGUUGGAAAACUUUCAGUUGUAGCUCACACUUUAUAGUACAUCAGAGAAUCCACAUAGGGGAGAAACCAUAUGAAUGCCAAGAGUGUGGGAAAGCAUUCAAUCAGAAAACCACCCUGAUUCAGCAUCAGUGAGUUCACACUGGGGAAAAACCUUAUGAAGCCUUCAAAUGGAGUGCAAGCUAUAUUCAACAUCAGAAAUUGCAUACUAGGAAGACACCUGUCCAAGUCACAGAGCCAUCAGCAGUGGAGCCCCACUGUCCCCCUGCUCUGCUUCCUCCUACCUCUAUGCCUCUCUUCAUGCUGUUCCCCUCAUCUGAAAUGACCACUUCUUCACCUGUCCAAAUAGUACAUUUCUUUCAGAAUCUUGCUUCUCCUGGGAAGUCAGCCCCCCAGUAA